UUUGGAACGAAAUGUAGAGAAGAGAAGUACAGUAGUAAGAGUAACAUUGUAGCAGUCGCCGGCCAAGGGGGCGCGCCGGGGAGGGGACGCCGCACCCCCCCUUCUGCCGCAGGGACCCCCUCCAUCAAAGCCCAAGGGGAGGAGGCGUUCGAGGACCCGCCCCGGCCCUAGCCACGUUCCCCCCAAGGAAGCCGGACUCUAUGGGGCGGGACCCCAGGGAAGACUGAGCCGAACCUGGAGCCAGUCCCGAACCCCUGAACCGCGAGCCAGGGGCGCCCCGGGAGCCCUUCCCCCGUGGGCGCACCGUCCGCCCCGGAGCAGCCAUGAGCGAGACAGCCAUCUGCUCCAGCCGGGCCACCGUCAUGCUCUAUGACGAUGGCAACAAGCGCUGGCUGCCCGCGGGCACGGGCCCCCAAGCCUUCAGCCGCAUCCAGAUCUUACACAACCCCACAGCCAACUCCUUCCGCGUCGUAGGCCGCAAGAUGCUGCCGGACCAGCAGGUGGUCAUCAACUGUGCCAUCGUCCGCGGUGUCAAGUACAACCAGGCCACCCCCAUCUUCCAUCAGUGGCGCGACGCCCGCCAGGUCUGGGGCCUCAACUUUGGCAGCAAGGAGGACGCGGCCCAGUUCGCCUCGGGCAUGGCCAGCGCCCUGGAGGCUUUAGAAGGAGGUGGGCCUCCUCCACCCGCAGCCCCUCCCACCUGGUCGGGCCAGAACGGCCCCUCCCCGGAGGAAGUGGAGCAACAGAAAAGGCAGCUGCCGGGCCAGCCGGAGCACGUGGAGCGGGAACGCCGAGUGUCCAAUGCAGGAGGUCCGCCUGCACCUCCAGCUGCGGGUCCACCCCCACCUCCAGGACCCCCACCUCCUCCGGGCCCCCCUCCACCCCCGGGUCUGCCCCCCUCUGGGGUCUCAGCUGCAGGGCAUGGAGCUGGGGGCGGCCCACCCCCAGCGCCCCCCCUCCCCACGGCACAGGGCCCCAGUGGGGGAGGGGCCGGAGCCCCUGGACUGGCUGCUGCUCUUGCGGGAGCCAAACUCAGGAAAGUCAGCAAGCAGGAGGAAGCCUCAGGGGGCCCCGCAGCCCCCAAAGCCGAAAGCGGGAGGAGCACAGGGGGUGGCCUCAUGGAGGAGAUGAACGCCAUGCUGGCCCGAAGAAGGAAAGCUACACUGGUUGGGGAGAAACCCCACAAGGACGAAUCUGCCAAUCAGGAGGAGCCAGAGGCCAGAGUCCCAGCCCAGACUGAACCGGUGCGAAGACCCUGGGAGAAGAACAGCACAACUUUGCCAAGGAUGAAGUCAUCUACUUCAGUGACCACCUCCGAGGCCCACCCGCCCACGCCCAGCUCCCACGAGGAGUCAGACCUGGAGAGGGUGAAACAGGAGCUACUAGAAGAGGUGAGAAAAGAACUUCAGAAAGUGAAGGAGGAAAUCAUUGAAGCCUUUGUCCAGGAGCUGAAGAAGCGGGGUUCCCCCUGACCUCAGGGACCCAGAAGAUCUGCCUCUCCUUUCUGCACACCCCGCCUGUCACCCAGCUUGUCUCUGCCUCGACUUGACUUGGAAUUCGCUGAAGACUACACAGGAAUGCAUCUCCCCCACUCCCCUCCCUGCUUGGAAAAUUCCCAAGGGGGCGUGGCUUCCCUGGCACCAUGCCCACACCUAUACUGGCUGCUGAUUGGCUGGGGAGGCUCCUUACCCCUUGCUCCCUUUGGUCCUUUCCCCUCUGCCAUCCCCUCAGGGCUGGUUCCUCUUCUGGGGAUGUACCAAUUCUCCC